UCUCUCUUCCCCAGGGUUCUCUCUGGCGGACUUUGAGACUCAGACACACAGGUCUUCCAUGGCUCCUUACCACAUCCGCAAAUAUGAGGAGAGUGACCGCCCCUGGGUCCUGGGCUUGCUCUUCCAGGGCAUGGAUGAGCAUGUCCCCCGCACCUUCUGCCACCUCCUGAAGCUGCCCAGAACACUUGUGCUCUUGCUUGGGGGGCCCCUCGCCCUGUUUCUGGUCUCUGGUUCCUGGCUCCUGGUCCUCGCGGCCAGCCUCACCCUGCUCAUCGCCCUGAGGUUCCUUGCUCAAUACCCCUGGAGCCUGUUUGUGGCCAACAGUCUGCACACAGACAUGUCUGACAUCAGCAAAUCCUACCUCAGUGAGCCGGGCUCCUGCUUCUGGGUGGCUGAGAGCGAGGGGUAGGUGGUGGCCAUGGUGGGAGCUCUGCCCGCUGAGGAGCCCACUGCGCGGAAGGAGCAGUUGCAGAUGCUCCACUUAAGUGUGGCCUUGGAGCACCGGCGCCGGGGGCUAGCGAAGGCCCUAGUCAGGACUGUCCUCCAGUUUGCAGCAUACCAGGGCUACAGAGAAGUUGUCCUCACCACCAGCAUGAUGCAGCAUGCCGCCCUGGCCCUCUACCAGCACUUCGGCUUCCAGAUCACCCGCCAGUACUUCUUCACCAAGAGCUGGGCGCUAAUCGCUGUCCCUGAAUUUCAAUUAACCUACUGGCUGUCCUCUGCUCAGGACUCUCAGGCACCAUGGCAGAGAGAGGGCAAAUGAUCUGUUUCCUGAUUGGUCAGGACGGCCCUACAGCAGUAACAAGCGAGCCCAGAGAUCUCAGCAGUACAGGAAGUUUGUUUGUUAGCAUGGAAACCCACGGGGGUGGCCAUGGCUCUGCCCCUUUCAGCCUUUUUUUGCUGUCACUGUUGCAUUUAUUUAGUGACACAAGAGUAUUGCAUAAAAUCAAUCACAAACGAAUAAUAAACAUUUACUUAGCUAUUCAUAUAGGAACGUGCCCUGCCUCUUUUAAAAUAGUGAGACAUUUGCUUAG